UUGCGAUCCUCUACUGGUUAUGCUCUCACGCAAUGAGCACUGAGCGGUCGUUGAUGUUGACUCCAUGUGUACUAGUCGAUAAUGAACGAUCCCAUGCCCCAAGACGGAAAAGUCGACAGCGAGGAGGAACGACUCAUGAACGAAACACAAUCGAUGCUUCUCUCCCUCGGCGCCAGCCCCGAAAUCACCCAGCACAAUACACACCCAACAUCUUUCCCUCUCCACACUUUAGGUAGACAUCAACUGGUCUGGAGUCUGGGCGCGCUGCCCGUUUCAUGCAUCGCGAGACCCACCCCCGCUAGCCAGCUGAUAUCUACCUAUCCUAUCUUCCCAUACAUUUGAUUGUACUUCCUCCUCCUCCUCCUUCAUCUAACCAAGCACCCAAGCACGCCAGAAAGCCACUCAAGGGCUAUCGAGAUGUCUGCACGCUCCGUAUUUGGAGGAUGACAACGAUCAAGAAGGCAAAGAGCAACUGCUGGACGUGUAAAGAACGCAAAGUCGGCUGUGACCGCGCCCUCCCUACAUGCGGUAACUGCGCCCGUGCACGGCGCGCCUGCAAGGCAUACGGCGUCAAGCUUGCAUGGCCAGACAAGUUCGAUGGAAGGCGUAAGCAGAAGGAGUGGAAGUCAGAUCCUGAUGUAAGUUCUUCUUUCAUUGCUUUUCUCCCUUGGUCCACUGGGAUUUGUGAAGUCAAGGCUCGAGUGAUUCUAGAGCAAGAAAGGUAA